AUGUCCAAGUUCCGCUCCGAGCGCAAGAAGAGCGUUCGCUCUCUCGCCUCCGAAGACCCGUGGAGAGUCGAUACCCCGUUCGGCCCACCGCGCAUCACCUCCUUCCCGGGCGGAGAUGGCAUCCGUCGCAUCCGCAACACCCUCUCCAAGUUAUCACCGGCUGCCCGUGCCGAGCGCGAGGUCCUUCGACAGAAGAACAGGACCAAGGUUCCUCUGACCGAGCGCAACGUCGAUACCUUUGUCACGUCACAGCAGGUCACAGCCGUUUAUCAUCCCCAAAGCGACAGCCCAGAGGUGCAGGUGACUGCUUGGCUGGAGCGGGUAUCCAACUAG